CUUGAGAGUCUCUGUCUUGAAAAUGGCUGCUCCCACAACUGAGAAAAUUGUUGACAUCGAUGUGGUCGACCCAAGCGAAGCGCAAGCGAACUUACAGUUCCAAGACUUCUCGGACACCCUGCAAGGCGGCCCGCUCGGUGGUCGGCCAGGGACGAAUCGAUCGUACACCAGUUUCUCGGACAUGAAUGACGACGACGACGAGAGUGACGAGUUGCAGCUGCUCAACAGAGAGAGAGGCGUCGGCACACCAUCAUUCUGGAAGUUCAGCUUCUACCAGAGCCUCUUCGAUGUGACCACCGAUGAAGUGCUCAGGCGGCUGCUGUGGUCAGCCAUGCCCCAGCUCUCGGGCCCGUCCUACCUUGAGAAGCACAUCAGGCCUAAUCCUGAUCUUUAUGGGCCCAUAUGGGUUGGCCUGACACUUGUGGUGACCACGUCAGUGAGCAGCAAUGUGGCUAGCUACCUGGAGACGGCUGGCCAGACCAAGGACUUCUGGCACACAGACUACACACGAGUGUCAUUUGCAUCGACAGCGAUAUUGGUGUACAUGUUCGUGGUGCCACUUGUGCUGUGGGCGGUGCUGAAGUACCGCCAGGUGGAGUCGCGGUACUCCCUGCUGGAGACACUUUGCCUGUACGGCUACUCCCUCGCAGUCUAUGUGCCAAUCUCGAUCCUGUGGGCAGUGCACCUGACGUGGCUACGGUGGAUGCUGGUGGUCGUGGGUGCUUCACUUUCGGGCUGCGUCCUGGUCACCACGCUGUGGCCUUCCUUCAGAGAGGACUCCCGCAAGAUGGCCUUCAUCACGUCGGCUGUUGUGUUUGCACUGCAUGCACUACUGGCCCUGGGCUUCGUGAGGUACUUCUUUCAACAUGAGACUCAGCACAGUGUGCCACCACCUUUGGAUGUCUCAACAAGCAAACUAGUCACCAGAAAUCUAACAAAAGUGAUUUUGCCAACAAAUAAUACGCAUGUGUUGUGAUGCUGUGCAUUAAAACAUUGAGACACUUGUGUUAUUCCA